AUGAUUGAACAAAACAUUGCACUUCUUGAAAGUGGCGAACUCCUUACUAAAAACGAAUCAGUUAUAUUUGAUAAAAUCAGAUCUGCAGGUGAUCAUUUCGGAAAUAAGGUUGUUUGCCGCGUUGCAGGAGGCUGGGUACGAGAUAAACUGCUUAAUAAGGAAUGUGAUGACAUAGAUAUCUGUGUUGAAGGCUGUACAUCUGAAGAAUUCGCUUUGCAACUUGCAGAACAAUAUCCGAAAAAAGCAACAAAGAUAGUCGUAUUCGAAGAGAAUCCUAAACAAGCCAAAUUCAUGAAAACUGUUCGAGUUUGUAUAUAUGGAUCUGCAUGGAUCGAUAUUUGCAAUCUAAGAGGAGAAAAUUUGGUUGCAACCGCUUUAACUGACGCUCAACAUCGUGACCUAUCUAUUAAUGCUCUAUUUUACAAUAUUACAGAUUCUAAAGUCGAAGAUUUCGUUGGCGGAAUCCAAGAUCUUAAAAAUCAAGUUAUUAGAACGCCAAUAUCUCCAGAUGUUACAUUUACAGAGGAUCCUCUUAGAAUUAUAAGAUCAAUUAGAUUCCAUGUUCGCUAUGGAUACAAAAUUGAUGAAAAUUUACUUGAAAUUGCCAAAUUACACCUUUCUGAUUUCGAACAAAGGGUUUCCAAAGAAAGAAUUGCAUCAGAGAUCAUCAAAAUCAUAAGGAUGGACGGAUUUAUUGAGUUUGUUGACUUAAUAAUCAAAAUCGGCUUUUUUGAAACAAUUUUUGACCCUUUCCACAGAUAUUCCAUAGACCCAUUACAAGCACGAGAGAGACUUUCAAUCGUAACUCAACGUUCUCCUAAAGAAUUUGUUAUUCCAAUUCAAUUAGGUGCAAUCUUGUUUCCAAUCUACAACGAAGAACCAGUACCAGAUCCAGAACAUCCAAAGACAAAAAUACCGCCAAUAGAAUGUACAAUUUGCAGAUAUUUGAAAUUUCUAACAAAAUAUGCUCACGAAGCUAAUAUUUUAGUUAAAGGAGCUUUGAGAGCUAACACAAUUAAACUCGACAGAAGAAUUGUUGGUCACUGGAUAAGAGAAAUAGGUCCAAUUUGGCCUUUUAUUAAGUUUUUAAUUUUUGAUCAGGCAGAAUAUGAAAAAUGUGAGAAUGUGUUAUAUAACUUCAUCAGAGAACAAGGUCUUGCAACAUGUUACGACAUGAAAUGCUUGAUUAAUGGAAAAGAUUUGGCAAAUUUACUCGGUGUUAAACUUGGAAAAGGAUUUCAGACACAUGUUGAUGAUUUGAUAGAUUGGCAGCUUGGAAAUCCUAAUGGAACUCGUGAAGACUACAUAGAAUUUAUUAAAAAUAAAAAAUUUAAUUGUUUGUUUGAAUAA